GACGAAGGGCGGGACCGCGGGAGCCAAAUAGGCAAAUAUAACAGAACAAAACAAACCCGAAGCGCGAAGAAGCAGAUCGCGGAGAUGGAAUGCGUUUUUGGUCUUGUCGGCAACGACUUCGUGGUUGUGGCGGCCGAUACCUCGGCAGUGCACAGCAUCCUUGUACGCAAGUCUAAUGAGGACAAGAUCAUGGUCCUCGAUUCUCACAAGCUCAUUGCCGCUAGUGGUGAGCCGGGAGACAGGGUUCAGUUCACGGAGUACAUCCAGAAGAAUGUGGCGCUCUAUCAGUUCCGUAAUGGGAUCCCUUUGACCACUUCUGCUGCUGCUAAUUUCACUCGUGGUGAGCUCGCCACUGCUUUGCGCAAGGUAUAUAUAUAUUCAUUCCCUUUCCCUCUUUCUAGCUAGUUGGGCAUUGCACUCGGUUGACGGGAUAAAAGUUAGGAUUUGGGGUUUAAACUUGAGCCUUUAAGCCCCUCUGUUUGUGUAUUUUAGUUUUCAAAAUUUUGGAGCACUUGGUGUUGAAGAAGUAAGGUUUCUUCUCAAGAAGCAUACCUUGGACAGUUGGACUGGAUGUUUAUAUUACGAAAGAACUUAUACGCAGUGGCUUAUAUUCUCACUUUCAUUUCUCAAUCAAAAGUGGACAAUAUCAAUAGCAUUAUAUGAUUUU